CCGCUUCUUCCCUUGACGCUCCUUGACCCGAAUGAUCGCAUCGUCAACCAACCCACGCCUCCACCUCCACCUCGACAUUCUUAAUACAUCUUUGCGAUAAUAAUAUGGGAGACACACACCCUCCAGAGGAACCGUCUAUUGAGCGGCUGCACUCAUCAUCGACCUCUUCUGACGACCAACAAUCCUCCAUCCACGCACCUGUUCCCAUCCGACCGCCCUUGCCGACGCGGAAAAGCAGCGGCACCAUUAUCGUCCCUAGAGACUCCUCGGCGGUCGGACCCGUCGAGACCGAGCUCGACCCCGACGACGUCCGCUCCAUGAGCCCCCGAAGGACGACCGAAGACAUCGAGGCCUUGGGGAAGGAGGCUAGAAAUGAGCUGAAGAGACAUGCAAAAGCGCUCCAAGAGUCUCUCUUAACAAUAUUCCACAGGAUAGAGGCCGUCAAGGAGGAACAUGAUAAGCUGGACAACAACAACAAGUUCCUUCAGAAGUACAUUGGCGACCUCAUGGCCACCAGCAAGAUCACAGCGUCUAGCAGCAGCAAGAGCAAGAAGUGAGGCCCCUUUCCCGUGCGAUGGCAUGAGGGGAUGCGCCUAAGGUGUGGGUGUUGGCGAGACGACGCCCAGAUGACAUUGCGCCUCCCAAAGAAUACAGGCUGUACCACCACCCGUUGGCUCGGCUGUACGUACCGGAAGCGAACGACGUCAUCAAGCAGCGAGACGGCCACCAACCGAACGGAUCCUUACCACCGAUCUGCCAAUCUCGUGCCGUGCUGGAUGCUCCAGACAAUCGAGCUAUGUCGAGAUCCCGGAUGGUCCUACGUCGGCAUUAACAUGUGCCCUCGCCGUGCAUUCCACAUGGAAUGAUAUAUACAGAGUCGACUUAAUAGGGUUGUUGACUGGGAGGAGGAUGGAAGGAGAAGGCUGGGAAAAGUGAAGGGUGCCAUUUGUCGAGAUGGCCUACCACAGUGGCGAAUCGGAUCCAGGGAAGCCCGU